CUGCCCUCCAGGGGGGUCGGGGCCGCCGCCGUCGCGGCGGCGACUGAAGCCGCGUAAAGAAGAGGGGGGCGGGGGAGCGGCCGCCGCCGCCCCCCGGAGGCGCCGGAGCCCCGAAUCCCGCCCGGAGCCAGCCAGCCGUCCCGAGCUACAACCAGCAGGCUUCACUGAAAAGAGAUCCUGCAAGUUCCGGGUGCCUACACUGGAAACUUGGAGAUCCUGCUUCCUGCUUCCCAGGCCACAGCUGUGGGGAACCUGGGGCAGAGCAGAGAAGAUUCUGUAUUCAGCUGCCCAGGCAGAGGAGAAUGGGGCCUCCACAGCCUGAAGAAUGAAGACUCGACAGAACAAAGACUCAAUGUCAAUGAGGAGUGGACGGAAGAAAGAGGCCCCAGGGCCCCGGGAAGAACUGAGAUCGAGGGGCCGGGCCUCCCCUGGAGGGGUCAGCACGUCCAGCAGUGAUGGCAAAGCCGAGAAGUCUAGGCAGACAGCCAAGAAAGCUCGAGUAGAGGAAGCCUCUACCCCAAAGGUCAGCAAGCAGGGCCGGAGUGAGGAGAUCUCAGAGAGUGAAAGUGAGGAGACCAGUGCACCCAAAAAGACCAAAACUGAGCAGGAGCUCCCUCGGCCACAGUCCCCCUCGGAUCUGGAUAGCUUGGAUGGGCGGAGCCUCAAUGACGAUGGCAGCAGUGACCCUAGGGAUAUCGACCAGGACAACCGCAGCACGUCCCCCAGCAUCUACAGCCCCGGAAGUGUGGAGAAUGACUCCGACUCAUCUUCUGGCCUGUCCCAGGGCCCAGCCCACCCCUACCACCCACCUCCGCUCUUCCCUCCCUCCCCUCCACCGUCAGACAGUACUCCCCGGCAGCCAGAAUCUGGCUUUGAGCCUCAUCCUUCUGUGACCCCUGCUGGAUAUCAUGCUCCCAUGGAGCCCCCUUCCUCGCGAAUGUUUCAGGCUCCUCCUGGGGCCCCUCCUCCUCACCCACAGCUCUACCCUGGGGGGGCUGGUGGCGGAGUUUUGUCUGGACCCCCAGUGGGUCCCAAGGGAGGAGGGGCUGCCUCUUCAGUGGGUGCCUCCAGUGGGGGUAAGCAGCACCCCCCACCAACCACCCCCAUUUCAAUAUCAAGCUCUGGGGCUGGUGGUGCUCCCCCAACAAAGCCACCUGCCACUCCAGUGGGUGGUGGGAACCUACCCUCUGCUCCACCACCAGCCACCUUCCCCCAUGUGACACCAAACCUGCCUCCCCCACCUGCCCUGAGACCCCUCAACAAUGCAUCAGCCUCUCCUCCUGGCCUGGGGGCCCAGCCGUUACCUGGGCAUCUACCCUCUCCCCACGCCAUAGGGCAGGGUAUGGGUGGACUUCCCCCUGGCCCUGAGAAGGGCCCAACUCUGGCCCCCUCGCCCCACCCUCUGCCACCUGCUUCCUCCUCUUCUGCCCCAGCUCCCCCAAUGAGGUAUCCUUAUUCAUCUUCCAAUAGUUCUGCAGCAGCUUCCUCUUCUAGUUCUUCUUCCUCUGCUUCGCAGUACCCAGCUUCCCAGGCAUUGCCCAGUUAUCCCCACUCCUUUCCUCCCCCAACAAGCCUCUCUGUCUCCAAUCAGCCACCGAAGUAUACUCAGCCUUCUCUCCCGUCCCAGGCUGUGUGGAGCCAGGGGCCCCCUCCCCCUCCUCCCUAUGGCCGCCUCUUAGCCAACAGCAAUGCCCAUCCUGGCCCAUUCCCUCCUCCCACUGGAGGCCAAUCUGCUGCCCACCCACCGGUUCCUGCGCACCACCAUCACCACCAGCAACAGCAGCAGCAGCAACAACAGCAACAACAGCAGCAACAACAUCAUGGAGGCUCUGGGCCUCCUCCAGGGGCAUAUCCCCACCCCCUGGAGGGCAGUAACUCCCACCACUCACACCCUUAUGCCAUGUCGCCCUCCCUGGGUUCUCUGAGGCCCUACCCAUCAGGGCCCGCACACCUGCCCCCACCACACAGCCAGGUGUCUUACAGCCAAGCCGGCCCCAAUGGCCCCUCAGCUUCUUCCUCCUCUUCCAACUCCUCUUCCUCCUCUCAAGGGCCCUAUCCAUGUUCACACCCCUCCCCUUCCCAGGGCCCCCAAGGCGGGGCCUACCCCUUUCCACCGGUGCCUCCGGUCACCACCUCCUCGGCUACCCUUUCUACGGUCAUUGCCACGGUGGCCUCCUCGCCCGCAGGCUACAAAACGGCCUCCCCACCCGGGCCCCCACCGUAUGGAAAGAGAGCCCCAUCCCCGGGUGCCUACAAGACAGCCACCCCACCCGCAUACAAGCCGGGGUCACCGCCCUCCUUCAGAACAGGGACCCCACCGGGUUACCGAGGCGCCUCGCCGCCUGCCGGCCCAGGGGCCUUCAAGCCGGGCUCGCCCACCGUGGGGCCCGGGCCGCUGCCGCCCGCGGGGACUUCAGGCCUGCAGUCCCUGCCGCCACCACCGCCUGCGGCCCCUACCUCAGGACCUCCCCUGAGCGCUACGCAGAUCAAACAGGAGCCGGCCGAGGAGUACGAGGCCCCUGAGAGCCCGGUGCCCCCGGCCCGCAGCCCCUCGCCCCCUCCCAAGGUGGUGGACGUGCCCAGCCAUGCCAGUCAGUCUGCUAGGUUCAACAAACACCUGGACCGCGGCUUCAACUCGUGCGCCCGCAGCGACCUGUACUUUGUGCCGCUAGAGGGCUCCAAGUUGGCCAAGAAACGGGCAGACCUGGUGGAGAAGGUGCGGCGCGAGGCUGAGCAGCGCGCGCGCGAAGAAAAGGAGCGCGAGCGCGAGCGGGAACGCGAGAAAGAGCGCGAGCGCGAGAAGGAGCGCGAGCUCGAACGGAGCGUGAAGUUGGCUCAGGAGGGCCGUGCUCCGGUGGAGUGCCCAUCUCUGGGCCCAGUACCCCAUCGUCCUCCAUUUGAGCCAGGCAGUGCUGUGGCUACAGUGCCCCCCUACCUGGGUCCCGACACUCCAGCCCUGCGCACCCUCAGUGAAUACGCCCGGCCCCAUGUCAUGUCUCCUGGCAAUCGCAACCACCCAUUUUACGUGCCCCUGGGGGCAGUGGACCCGGGGCUCUUGGGUUACAACGUCCCGGCCCUGUACAGCAGUGACCCAGCUGCCCGGGAAAGGGAGCGGGAAGCCCGUGAGCGAGACCUGCGUGACCGCCUCAAACCUGGAUUUGAGGUGAAGCCCAGCGAGCUGGAGCCCUUGCACGGGGUCCCUGGGCCCGGCCUGGAUCCUUUCCCCCGACAUGGGGGCCUGGCUCUGCAGCCUGGCCCACCUGGCCUGCACCCUUUCCCCUUUCAUCCGAGCCUGGGGCCCCUGGAGCGAGAACGUCUAGCGCUGGCAGCUGGGCCAGCCCUGCGGCCGGACAUGUCCUAUGCUGAGCGACUGGCAGCUGAGAGGCAGCACGCAGAAAGGGUGGCAGCCCUGGGCAAUGACCCACUGGCCCGGCUGCAGAUGCUCAACGUGACUCCCCAUCACCACCAGCACUCCCACAUCCAUUCUCACCUGCACCUGCACCAACAGGAUGCCAUCCAUGCAGCCUCUGCCUCGGUGCACCCUCUCAUUGACCCCCUGGCCUCAGGGUCUCACCUUACCCGGAUCCCCUAUCCAGCUGGGACCCUCCCCAACCCCCUUCUUCCUCACCCUCUGCACGAGAAUGAAGUUCUUCGUCACCAGCUCUUUGCUGCCCCCUACCGGGACCUGCCAGCCUCCCUCUCUGCCCCGAUGUCAGCAGCACACCAGCUUCAGGCCAUGCACGCGCAGUCUGCAGAGCUGCAGCGCCUGGCGCUGGAGCAGCAGCAGUGGCUGCAUGCCCAUCACCCACUGCACAGUGUGCCACUACCCGCCCAGGAGGACUACUACAGUCACCUGAAGAAGGAAAGCGACAAGCCACUGUAGAACCUGCAACCAAGAGAGCACCAUGGCCCCUGCAUCUGGACCUUGGAGGCUCUCCUCCCGGCCUGCCCCCCAGAGCCCAGGAGAGGGUGCUGCUCAUUGCAGGAUCUCUGUAGCUGGGCAGAGGGAGGGAAUGGUGUGGGGAGGUGGCUGGGGUGGGGGCAGAAAGCGCACAGUGUUUUGGACCAGGUCCCUCUUCCUUGUCCCCUGCUUUCCUCCUCCCCCAUGCCCAACCCCCCCCCCCCGGGCCGCAGCCCCUCCCCCGCCUCUUUGGUGUGAUUAUUUCACCUGUUAGAUGUGGCUGUUUUGAGUAGCAUUGUGUGCCGCCCCGCCCCAGUCCCCGUGUGCGCGUGCCCCCUGCAAUGUAUGCCCCUUGCCCCUCCCCACAUUAAUAAUUUAUAUAUAUAAAUAUCUAUAUGACGCUCUUUAAAACACAUCCCAACCAAAACCAAGCAAACAAAAACAUCCUCACGACUCCCCAGGAAGAUGGCUGCGACUGGUUCUUUGUGGGCUGUGGGGGCUGGCGGUGGGGUGUACUCUGGCGGUGCCUGGAGAGGCUAGCAAGUGGGAAGGGACAAACCUUCUGAAGGAACUGGUGUAGGACCCUUGUGAGAAUUAUUAAGUUUAGCUUUCACACAGGGUGGGGGCAGCUCAGGAGAAUGGCAGAGCGUCAAGAAGCCAAACUAUAAUCAGUGGCCAGUCCUCCUGUUUAUCCACCCACUGUCUUUGCAAAGUGGAGGUGUGGGGGGCGGGUAGAGGUUCCUAAAAUAGCUUCAUAAUUUGUUACCAAACUAGCUCAGACUGGCUUUCACACCCUGAAUUGGAGGAGGGUUCUUGAAAAGAGAUGGUUUCACUGCGGGGUGCCAUUCCCCACCCCAGUGCUGUUCACCCCUUGCCCCAAGCUUGGGGAAGUCAGUUGCUAGAGGGCUGGGACCGGCCAGCUUCUGAAGUGGCCUAGCUAGAAAACUAUCCUGGUCCCACAGCUAGGAGCCACCGGAAUCCUCUGGAACAAGGAUUUCAGAAUCCUGAAUCUUUCCGUGGAAUAGUUAGAAAAACCGUUAUGGGGGUGAAGUGAGUAAUCUCAAAUAGGUAAACUACCCUCGAGUUUGACGAGGGAGCGGGUGACAACUUGAAAAGCCUGGAAAGUAGUAAAAGCGUUACCCCGCAGCACCCACCGCUGGACAAAGCCAUUUUAGGUGAACACAAGAGCUGCGCUUGCUCCCAGCUUUUAUUGAGGCCAAUCGCUGAGUUCGUUCUUAGGAAAAAAAAAAAAAAAAAAAAAAAAAUUCAGGGAUGGCACCGUGA